AUGUAUAAAAAGUUGCUCAUAUUUAACAAUGACUCUGUACUUACUGGACUCUACGUUCGCGCUCAUUUCAAUCGCCUCAGAGAUGCAUUGAAUUGCGAUGAAGAGACAGCACUGAAUACCUUAUCUUCUCACGUUAAUGCAAGGGUUGCUGCUCUUAACCUCCAGAUCGAACAAAUGGAUAAUGCGUCAAAUCGAGUUCUGUUUUUGAGCUCUACAUCAUCAGAGCUACAGCGGAGUUUGGUGUUGGAUCGGACACAACUUGUUGAACGAAAGAACGACCUACUUGCACUUGCCGAAUCUGCUAAAGCCGAUGUGGUUCGCUCUCCUGAGGAAUCUCUUCUGUCGAAUCUUAUUCCAUACUCCAUAUCACGAUCCAAUCGAUUACAUCUUGGGCACUAUGAGGACGCUCGCGUAGUUCUUCUUGGACUGGAAGGAGCAGGCAAAACUACGCUUCUACGUGCUCUAAUGAAAGCUCCUCAUGUUCCCGACAUCUCUCCUACGAAUGGGUUCACCGUAGAUUCAAUCCACUACAAGAACUUUCGUCUUCAUCUUUGGGACGUGAGUGGUCUCAAUCGUUCUCGAAGCGUAUGGAAGCAUUACCACUCUAACGCUCAAGCCAUCAUCUUCGUUGUUGAUAGCAGUGCUCCCGAAAGGUUCCCUGAUGUCAUCAGGGCAGUCGAGGAAGUCGUAGAAGACUCACACGCUGACUCUUGCCAAUUUCUCCUCGUGGUCAAUAGAAAAACUGGAACGAUGGGUCUCCAUGGCAACGGCUUUUCGGCAAGAGGUGUCGUGUAUGCUGCACGAGGCUCGUACUCAGCUGCACGAAUGUCUGGUUGUUCUUCGAUGUCAGGAGAAAUGUCGUCAAAAGGAGUGAUUUCUGAUCCACCAGUUCCCAAUUGGGAGCUUAUUGAUGAAGUCUCUAUCACGUUGCUGGAAAGCGGCCUCGCUCGUUUUUCGACUCUUCAAGCGGUCUUGCCUACAAUGCUCUCAUUCGAAGCGAAUUCAGAUGAAGCUUCUCAACGUAGUCGGAAGCUUCUUCGUAUUUUUCAGCUCCAAACUGAAUAUUUACUGAAAUCGCAAAACCAGUUGGUUCAACAAAUCCAAAAGUUAAAGAGCGAGUUGCUUUCGAAAAAGAAGGAAGUGAAACGGCUGAAAGCGGCAGUAUUCAGUGAAGACACUCCUCUUUUCAAGUGUACUUCCUGUGGUAAGGUGUUCGUGAAUCAAGAAUUCUUGGCAAGCCACUUGAAGAGACGGCACAAUGAUGAAAAGAUGGAAGCAACAACGCCAUGA